AUAGUUUUCAAUGAAAGAAAGAAGAUUUUGGUGCUGGUCGGCAUUUAAAUGAAAUUGCUAUUGAAAUCUCUUAUUAAUUUAGACGUCUAAUAAGAAGUGGAAAAAUGUCUUUAGAUUCGGAUACAGAAGCAGAUAUUUUAGAAAAUGUAGAGGAAGUGAUGGACAAUUUAUCAAAGGAACUUCAAGAUCUUUAUUCAUAUAGGCACUUGUUUUUCGAAAACCACCCAAUUGAGUUGGCAACAGAAAAAGAAAAACGGGUUGAAGAAAAGAAAGAGGUCUUAAUUGAGAAAUUUGAGUCCAUUGAUGCGGAUACACAGAUACCUGAUUCACUUCGGGCCAAAUUCCUCUACAUGAAAGGUCGAUGCUAUAACAUAAGUCCUACUUAUGAUGCAAGGGCCACUCAGUGCCUCAGCAAGGCUGUUAAGUUAAACCCAGCUUUGAUAGACGCAUGGAAUGAACUCGGAGAAAGUUAUUGGAAGAAUAUGAAUGUGAAAGAAGCAAAAUCGAGUUUUGAAGGUGCUUUAAAACAUGAACGCAACCGUGUAUCCUUGCGCUGUCUUUCAAUAAUUUUACGGCAAGAAAAUUGUGAUAAAAAACGUUCAGAAGCACAUUCGGCUAUUUUGAAAAGCGUAGAAUUGGCUAAGGAGGCCGUGAGCCAGGAUAUCAAGGAUGGAGUGUCCUGGUCUGUGUUGGGCAACGCUUAUCUGUGUCAGUUCUUCACGGUUGCUCAAGAUCCAGCUACGUUGAAGCUGUGUAUGAGUGCAUAUAAGCAGGCCUCUUUGGACCCUGUUGCCAAGGGACAGCCAGAUUUAUACUAUAAUAAAGGAAUUGCUUUAAAAUAUUCAGAGGUUUAUGACGAAGCAUUAUUUAACUUUGAGUAUGCCAGUCGGCUGGACCCACCAUGGCAGCCCCCGAAACAGGAGCGAACAAGACUGGUAACCUUCUUGAAUGCAGCUCACAGCCUGGUGCGGACCCGUGGUAAACUAAAGGCUAAGAAACUGACUACAAUGGUGCAGGCCAUUGACAAAAAGAUGUUAGGCGUCUACGGGGAAGGUCUUCAUUCUUUCGCUGGUCGCCGCGAGGUGGCGCUCGAGUACACUCGCCUGGAUGCCUUAGAAGAUGGUCCUAAUGAAGCCAAAGUGGUUCUAGGCAAAGUUGUGGGCUCCAUACACAACGAUAACGCGGUGCCAUUCACUUUCGCGUUGGUAGAUGAGAGCAUGGAAUGUGUGUUGGUGACCGUCUACAAUUGGGCAGACGGCCGCGGCGCCAUCAUAGGUGACUGUGUCACUAUACCCGAACCACUCAUCCGCACACACAAGUAUCAAGCUGAAGAUGUGAACUACGAUUUCAAAUCGAUACGAAUAAACAAUCCGCUGCUUCUACUUGUGAACGGGAAACGGGUUGCUCGCAACCAGUUUGCUUGCACAAGAGUUACCAGUACCUAUGAAAUACAGUGAGGAUGGUUCAAAGCAAUGGCGAGACGAGACGAGGUCUAAUUAAUAUGGGAAUUCAGAGAACGACCUUAUUGGGGUCGGUUUAGGAAGGAAAUCACCAACAUCGCCUAACACUAAGCGAGAAAACCGAAAAGCGAAUCAACUAAAGUGCCAAACGUCUGCUCCCAAGACCAGGAGUAAAGGUAAACUCACCGAAGUGUUUUUAAAUUAUAAUACUCAUUU